AUGGACUCGAAGAGGAAACGCUGAAGCAUCUCGACGACCAGGAUCUCAAGAUGUUCUACGAGAGCCACGACAAGGUCCUGGACGAGAUCUACCAGACCAUCGCCGAGGACCUGACGGAGCUCGGCAGGCCCUACCGCAUCGACCUGAUGGAGGUGUGCUGUCCGGAGGACUCGAGCCUCAGCAAGGCCGUGCAGGACCAGGGAGGCAAAGUGUUCAGGUGCGGCCUCUUCAAUGGGAUCGACAUGGGAACGGCAACCGGGCUUCGACGCGCGCUUCACCUUCUCCGACGACUCCGACCGCGCCGCUUGGUUCUCAGCCCGCCAUGUACAGCAGACUGCCCGAUCCAGAAUCUCAACCAGAAGACAGCUCAGCAGAAGGCCACGUAUCUGGCGAAGGUGCGCAAGGCCCGACGUAUCCAGCGGAACUGCAAGAGCCUCUGGGAAGACUCGAAGAAGAUUCACGACUGCCACACCGAGCUCGAACAGCCAGCUUCCAGCCGAAGCUGGACCAGGUCGCCCUCGAUCAGGGCGAUGCGCGACCAGAUGCACGAGACGAUCAUCCAUGGCUGUGCGUAUGGACUUCGCGAAGCUCGUUCCGGCCUGCUGAUGAGGAAGGCAUGGCGCAUAUGCUCGACAGACCCGGAGUUCGGCGCGAAGCUCGGCAGGACGUGCUCCAACCGCCCUGGCAGGGGCGACAACCACACACACCGCCCCAUCGAGGACGGACAGGUGGUGGCCCAGACGGCCUUUUACCCACCGGCACUGUGUAAGGCUUGGGCAAAGCAUAUCCUGAAGACGAACACCAGCGCGAGGUACGGCAAGGAGAUCUUCACCAGCUUGGAACAGAUCCCAGAGGACGCUGAAGAGGAGAUGGAGGAGGACCUCGACGAGGACCUCUUGCAGGAUAACCCCGAGGCCAUGGACGACGAGUCGGACAUGAAGGGCCUGGGCAUCUCCGAGACACCGACCAAGAAGGAGGAGCUGGAGAUCGAGCAACGGCUGACGCGGCUCCACCGCAACCUCGGCCACCCGAGCAACAAGACACUGUACAAGAUCCUCAAGGCAUCGGGAGCACCUCUCCAGGUGCUGGCCUCCGACGGGCUCGAGUGGCUCUCGCCGAAGCAGGACUCUUUCCUGAUGACGUUGAACAUCGACGAGGGAUCCGGGUGGUGUUCGGACCGCGGCAUCGAGCUGUGGAUUGCCCCGGGCGAGGCCCACUGGCUGAUGGGCAUGGUCGAGAGGCGCAUCCAGCUUUUCAAGCGACUGAUGACGAAGCUGGCAACGCUGGACCCCGACUGCCCGGUCGAGGAGUUGGUGUCCUGGGCCGUGAGCGCGAUCAACAGCAUGGACAAGGUCGGCAACCACUCCCCGUUCGAGCACGUGAUGGGCGUCUCUGGGAUGCCGGCCUCGAGCAACCCGUUCGCCAUCAUUGACGGGGACACCGGGGAGACUCAGGAGCAGAGGCGCCUCCUCGCGCGCAAAAGCUUCCUGGAAGUAGAGUAUGCUGAGCGUCGGCGACACGCCGAACAUGCCCGCAACCGGGUCUAUCAGACCUGGAAUCCGGGGGACCUCGUCUACUUCUGGCGCAAAGGGAAAGGCCUUGACCCUCGCCCUGGGAAGAAGGGCGGAUGGUACGGCCCUGCUCGUGUCCUUGCUCAGGAGAAACGACGCGUGGACGGGCGCACCCGUCCGACCUCGGUCAUCUGGAUCUCCCACGGGAGCGUGCUCAUCAGGUGCGCCCCGGAGCAGCUGCGCGUCGCCUCGGAGGCAGAGAAGAUGAUCGUCGAAUUGCAGCGGCAGAGCAACCUUGGCAAGACCAUGACGGAGAUCUUGGAGACAGCCAAGGGCGGUACCUAUGAAGACCUUCUCGGACAAAAUCCUCCAGACCUCCGAGAAUACGAGCCUCCACCGCAGCCGACGAUGGCGAUCCCCGCGACCGAGGGCCAGGCUCUCGAGAACAACAGCGAGGCGGGCGCAGACGAGGAUAUGGCCGACGCGCUGUUCGACAGCAACCACCUGGUCGACCUCUUCAAGGACAAGCUGGACAUCACCCUCGGCAUCGACGAACAGCAGACCGUCUACUUUGAGUACUUGCAGGACGAGAUCACCACUCCAGACGGACGCCGAGGUUUGAUGAGCCACAUCCUGGACAGCUUCGUCGUCAACCAGCGCCGGAAGGACAAGGUGGAGCUGACCUGGUCCAAGAUGAACGCCACCGAUCGUGAGGAGUUCGAGGCAGCCAUCGCCAAGGAGACGAACAACUGGGUCCAGCAUCAGGGACUCCGCGCUGUCCCGACAUCUCGGGUCAAGGACGCGGCGGACGUCAUCCGGGCAAGGUGGCUCUUCACCCGCAAGUCCGAUGGGAAGGCGAAGGCCCGGCUCGUCCUCCUCGGCUACCAGACGAAGGACCUAGGACAGGAGCCGACAGCCAGCCCCACCGCGUCUCGGCGCGCCGGUCACGUGAUGCUAACAGUGGCCGCCGCGAACCGCUGGAAGCUCAUCAAGGGCGACGUCACCUCCGCCUUUCUGCAGGCCCACGACCUCGACAAGGACCUCUUCAUCGAGCCAGAUGCCGUCCUCAGAAAGGCCUUCCACGUGCAGGAAGGGGAAAUCCUCCAGGUCGUGAAGCCUGGAUAUGGGAUCGGCGAGGCGCCCCGGCACUGGUGGGAGACGGUCAAGCACGACUUUGCGAAACUUCGACUCCAAGCCUGCGAGUUGGAGCCCUGUCUCUGGAAAGCACGAUGUUCCAGGACGGGUAUGCUCAUCGGUAUGAUCAUGGCCCACGUCGACGACUUCAUCAUGGCAGGAGAUACCUCCCACCCUGAGUGGCAGGGCAUGGUCAAGCAGAUCCGAGGGCUCUACAAGUGGGGCACCUGGGAGGACAUGAAUGACGGGCUCACCUCUCUCGAACAGUGCGGCGCCACCAUCGAGGAGAGCGAGCAGGGCUUCUUCCUACACCAGAAGUCGUACAUCGACAAGAUCAAAGAGGUCAAGGCGGCCAGCGGCAGUAAGCAUCGGACCACCGACAGCCUCAAGGACUCUGACAAGACGGUGCUCAGGGCGUUCUGCGGCGAGAUCUACUGGCUUGGCGUGAAUACCAUGCCAUUUCUCUUAUCGUGGGUAGCCGACCUCCAGAUGAAGAUACCAUCAGGUACUCACAACCUCUUCACGGCCGCUAACAACAUCGUCAAGCUCGUCAAGCAGAGCCGCCACAUGGGGAUCAGGAUCUACCGGCACGCCCUGGACGACCUCGCCAUCUUCACCUGGAGCGACGCAGCCUGGGCCAGCCGCCCGGAUGGACACUCCCAGGGUGGUCAUAUCACCGCUAUCUCCUCCAAGGCGGCCAUGGACGGGAAGCUCUCCGAGUUUACGGUCCUCGACUGGGGCUCCAAGAAGCUGCGCCGCGUGGCUCGGUCAAGCCUGGCGGCGGAGGUGCAGGAAGCCGGCGACGCCGAAGGCGAACAGAGCAUG